AUGAACAGACGUGGAAAAAAAAUUUGCAUACGCAUACCUCUUCUUACUAAUCCGGGCAGAUAUUGUGAAUUUAUAUUGGAAUCUCUCAUUCCAAGACACCUCUACAAAAAGGUUGUUAUUUCUUUUUACUCCAAAGCUGCCAUACAGGCUAUUGCAUCUAAGGAAAUGCCCAUAUCAAAGAAUAUACAAGACUGUCUGGCCCUCUUGGAGAAACUGAAAAUCGAUGGUCGUCAAGUUAUUCUACAAUGGAUCCCAGGACAUUGCGAUAUCUAUGGCAACGAACAAGCUGAUAUGUUGGCAAAACAAGGCACAAAAAUAAUCCAACAACCAAAUUCCAAUAGAUCCUUUCAUUCUACGAAAAUCUACAUCAAAAAUUCAAUGUGGAAAAAUUGGAAAGUGUCCCUUUCUUCCCGUAUAUCCCUGAAAAGUUGGGGGAACUUUUUAGAUCGGGGAAUUACAAACAGACCCGGUGAAAAGGCUGUGGCAGAAUUUAGACUUGCGGUGGGUCAUGACAUUCUUGCGCACGACCUCCACCGCAUUGGUAUUUUUACGAGUCCGACUCGCUCACCCUGUAGGAAAUUCGAAGUAAUGCAUAGGAAGCACUUGAUGGGAUGA